AUGGCCCCAGCUUGCGCCCACUGGAGUGACAACUGCUGCCUGUGGAAUACUGAGGUGGGGGUAAAGGCCUGCCCGGACGGGUACUACGUGUACCGGUUGGAGGGCACCCCCCACUGUGACGUGAGAUAUUGCACAGACCCCUCCACUGUGGAGGACAAGUGUGAGACGACCUGUCGUGCAGAGGAGUGCAGCUCUAUCGACGGCGUCUGGGAGUGUGUCUGCAGACAGGACCUCAACAACUCUGACGUCCACAGUUUGCAGCCUCAGCUGGACUGUGGGGCCAGGGAGAUCAAGGUGUCACUGGACAAGUGUCUGCUGGAAGGCCUGGGUUUUGGGGACGAGGUCAGAGCCUACCUGCAGGACCGGAGCUGCAGCAGCAUCGUGCCAGGAGAGGAGAGGAACUGGCUGUCCGUGACCAGCCCUACCGAGGCUGGUGCCUGUGGAAACAUUCUGGAGAGAAAUGAAACCCAUGCCAUCUACAAAAACACUCUCUCUGUGUUCAACGAUUUCAUCAUCAGAGACACCAUCCUCAACAUCAGCUUCCAAUGUGCCUACCCGCUGGACAUGAAAGUCAGCCUCCAAACUGCCCUGCAUCCCGUUGUAAGCUCCCUGAACAUCAGUGUGGGUGGGGAGGGAGAGUCCAUUGUCAGGAUGGCCCUCUUCCAAGACCAGAACUACACGUUGCCUUACGAAGGGGAUGUAGUUGUGCUGUCCUUUGAUUCCAUGCUCUAUGUGGGUGCCAUCUUGGAGAGAGGAGACAUCUCCCGGUUUAACCUGCUGUUGAGGAACUGCUAUGCCACACCCACCGAAGACAAGACUGACCCUGUGAAAUAUUUCAUCAUCAGAAACAGCUGCCCAAAUCAACAAGAUUCCACUAUCUACGUGGAGGAGAAUGGGGUAUCCUCGGAAAGCCGGUUCUCCGUUCAGAUGUUCAUGUUUGCUGGAAAUUAUGACCUAGUUUACCUGCAUUGUGAGGUUCAUCUCUGUGAUUCCCUUAAUGAACAGUGCAUACCGUCUUGCUCAGGAAAUCGACUCCGCAGUGAAGUAGUUAUCAACCCAGCCCGAGUUCUAGAUUUGGGACCCAUCACUCGGAAAGGUGCCUCGUCUCUGGGUGUCAUGAAUGGAGCCCCCAGCACUGCAGGGUUCCUGGUGGCCUGGCCCGUGGUUCUCCUGCCUGUCCUUCUGGCUGGGCUGUUCUGA